AUGGUGUUAAAGGUCAGUACACAAAAGAAUUCGAAUACAGAGUACAACGUUCAUCUGAUCUGCGGUUCGCCGGUCAUGUCAGGUUACUAUGGCGUCAGAAGAUCUUUUUUGUCUGACUCAGACUUCCACAACAGUAAGCCGUUUUCAAAUGACGUCUACACCUCCGGCGGCGUGGCCAAGCCCUUUCCCUGCGAGUCGUCGGCAGGGCAGAGCCACGCGGCGCUGCUCGAGUCCUACCUGGCCGAGCCCUACGGGGACUACCGCCCGCCGGCCCUGACCCCCAGCCCGGGCUCUCUGUUCAGCGCCUCCCCGCUGCCGCCGCUCCUGCCGCCGCCCUUCCCCAGCGACCCGGCUCACUUCGUGUUGAGGGACUCGUGGGAGCAGACAGUGCCUGAUGGUCUCAGCCAGACRGACCCCAUGCCCACCGAUACUCUACAAACCUUGCCGCCCAGCACCAGCUGCCUCUCCCAGCUCGAGUCAGGAAGUGCCACACAGCACAGGAGCUCCACCUGGGGGACCUCCCUUGCUGGCACUCARUCCUAUUCUCUGCACACGCUAGAGGAUCUGCACAACACAUCUGGGUACCCCACCCCACCUCCUUACCCUUUUACCCCUUUCAUGACAAUGUCAAAUGACCUACCACCAAAGGUGGUACCUCUCUCUCCAGAUGAGGGGACAGACCCCUCUUCCCUUCAUGACCAUUCAACUUGGACCAAAGAAGACGGGAGUGUGGCCUGGGGGUCAUAUGAAUGCCGCAGAGCUUACUGAGGGUGUGGACCAAAGGACUUCUGUGCUUGUCGUUGAGUUCUGUAUUCCAGGGAUUGCUUUAGAUGUGCUGGCUCAUUCGGAACUAGAUUUUCAGGAUAAGCCAUAAUGCCACCCUUUGUUAAUGGACGAUGGCAUUUAUUUGUAAUCUUUACCACCAUAACCCAGUUGAAAUACAAUACAGUGUCAAUUAAAUAUACCAUGGACCAUAUUCUAGUGAGGCAACUUUACAGUGAGGUCAUUUUGGAAAUUUAGUAGCCAAUUCCAUUCUGAAUCUUCUGUUAUCUUUGAAAUAUCAUUUGGGGGCACUGAUUUUUUUCCUUAAAUUAUGUAGAUCAUAAAACAGAAUGGUUCUUCUGUGUAAUUUUUCUUAGUAAUAAACCAUGUGUAUUAUUUAAUAAAAGAGAUAGCUAGGGUAUAAUAUAGGUUGRGGCACAUAAAACAAAAUUCAUUUUMUACCAUAUGACAUUAAAGAGUGAAGUGUUAUAUUCAUUUCCUUCAUUACAAGGGCAUGUAAAGGCACUGUAA